GACGGCGAGGCCGAGGCCGCGGAGCCGCGCUCGGAGCGGCCGCCGGUCGCAGAGCGCUGGUGGUACGAGGCGUGCCAGAGCGCCCACAGGGACCACGACCCCCAGGACGACGCGCCCCGGUGGCACGAGGGCGAGGCCGGGCUCUGGGCGCCACAACGCAGCGAGGCGCCAG